AUGUCGGAUGACGAAACAAGCUUGCAUAGAUUGGAAGGCACAUCAGGUGAUGCACCAGGUGGAUUGAUUAUCAAAAAGAAAGACAAACCUGCGGAAUUUCAAUUCGCAAAACCCUCCUUACUUGGAUUGGAUAAGUUAGCUGCAGCUAAGAGGAAGCAAAACAGACUAAUAUCCUUCCAAGACGAUGCAAACGAAGAUGAAAAUGCGGCAUCAAAAAGUGAUUCAGACAGCACAAAAGAACGUAAAUACAGAAAACAUAAUGAAGAAACUCCAACAUAUACAGGUGGAAUAUCAGAACAAGCCCGUGAACGUAUGUUGGAGAGAUUACAACGAAAGGAAAAGGAAAUGAAAGGAAAGGGGGUACAUAAUUCAACUAAAGAAGAAAAGGAAACUUCAAAAGACGAAGAAGAUGACCGCUAUUAUCGUCACCGCUAUGACAGGCGUGAAAGAGACAGAAGAUAUGAUGACUACAGAAAAGACAGGGAAAGAAGAAGAGAUAGGGACAUUGAGAGAAGAGAAUCUGAUAGAAGAGGUGGUGAAUCAGAUAGGAGAGGUAGUAAUUCAGAGAGGAGAGAUAGGGAUAGAAGAGACAGUGAAAGAAGCAGAGAUAGUUCAAGAAGAAGUAAUUAUGAACCAAGGUUCAAAGAUGAGCCAAGGACACCAAGCAUAAAAGCAAUGAAACCAACAGACAAAACAGCAUGGGACGAGGACGAUGAUGAUAAAGCUCCGAUACGUAAAUCAAGUUGGGAUUUUCCAACACCCCUGACUCGAGAUGCAGGACCUUCGGACAAGUGGCAGCGUAGUGACAGGAGUGCAAAGCCUUUGAGAGAUUAUAAAGGAAGGUUGUAUGAGCAGACUGAGAGAGCUUCUCCACACAAGUUUGCAAGUUCCAGACGUGGUGUGGAUGUAGACGACCCUGAUUGGCAGGAGGCUGAAAAGAAACUGGACAGAGCUUGGUACAAUAUGGGUGAAGGCGAGGCCGACGAAUCCGAUCCGUUUGCGGACACCAGCGCCGAAUAUAUUGCACGGAAAGAAGAGCAGAUAGUGAAGCGUGCCAAUAGGAAAGUUUCAGCGCAAAGGCAACAGAUAGACAAGGACAACGAUCUGUGGGAGCGGAACAGAAUGCUCACAAGCGGUGUGGUGCACGCUAUUAAUGUGAACAAUGAUUUGGAUGAGGAGAAUGUAGACAGAGUACACUUGUUGGUGCACAACAUUGUGCCUCCGUUCCUCGAUGGCAGAAUCGUGUUCACGAAGCAACCGGAGCCUGUCAUACCUGUGAAAGACCCUACAUCAGACAUGGCAAUGAACGCGCGUAAAGGUUCCGCACUAGUGAAGGCAUUCAGGGAGCAAAAGGAAAGGCGGAAAGCUCAGAAGAAGCAUUGGAAACUGGAGGGCACUAAGUUGGGAAACAUAAUGGGGAUACAGAAAGAGAAAGAUGAAGAGGAAGAUGGGCCAACUAAGCAGGCCUACAAGUAUGCUGAGCAUAUGGAUAACGAAGCGGAAGAGCCCGAAUCGAAGUCAGAUUUCGUAAAGAAAAAGACUAUAGGCGAGCAACGAAGGUACUUACCAGUAUUCGCGGUGCGAGAGGAACUGAUGCAGGUCAUCAGGGAGAAUAACGUCAUUAUUAUAGUCGGCGAAACCGGCAGCGGGAAAACUACCCAACUGACUCAAUAUCUCCACGAGGAAGGAUACAGUCGUUUAGGGACCAUCGGAUGCACUCAGCCGCGUCGAGUCGCCGCCAUGUCUGUCGCCAAGAGGGUGUCCGACGAGAUGAAUACGAAGCUAGGCGACGAGGUUGGCUACGCCAUUCGUUUCGAAGAUUGCACUUCGCCCAACACAGUCAUCAAGUACAUGACUGAUGGAAUUCUGUUACGCGAAGGUCUACGGGAACCCGAUUUGGAUCAUUACUGCGCAGUCAUUAUGGACGAAGCUCACGAGAGGUCCCUGUCUACGGAUAUGUUGUUCGGGCUACUAAGAGAGGUCAGUGAAUCUUAUUAG